CCAGACGUCAAAAAUCUGGUUGUUCGCGAUAUUUGUUUUGUACUGAGUGCAACCGUUGGAGAUUGUAUCAAGCCAACCAGGAGAGGAUCUACAGGAUCCGUUCAGGAUCAACAGAAGAUGACGGAUGACAAGAAGAAGAAAGAGGAGAAGGAGGAUCCCUGUGCUGCGUUCGUCGGAAGUUAUAUCCUGAAGACGAUGCGGCUCAAGGAAGAAAAGUGGCAGAAGCUGAUGGGCAAUGAAGAGCUGAAGGUUAUAGUCAUGGAAUGGGUGAAGCGCGCCAACGUCCGGCGGCUUAUCAUCACCCUGAACAACGCCGGAGCCCUCAUUCCGACGCACUUCUUCCCGGCAGCCGGCAAAGGGAAACGAUGUUUCUUUGUCAAGAUCAAAGAAACGGUGCUGGACAUAGACAGCAUUCGAGAGCAAAUCAUGUACGGUGACCUGUCGGCGAACCCGAUCGAUGACCUUGCCGUGAUAAUGGACGAGAUCUUCUACCCGAUUAUUAGCAACCCACGGAAUCAGGAAGGCUGGCCGGAUGUAAUCAAGAAGGACGUCGACAGCCACUUUCAGGACCUGCGGAAUAUCAUUACCGAGGUGAAGGGUAACAUCAUCAAUCAAACACUUCUGCCCAUGCCCAUUUCGAUCGGCGAGGUGGAAAGCGUCGGGCUGCAGGUUGCCGAAGGCAAUCUGGAUGGCUGUUCGCUAAAAAUGAAGAACUCGCUCGAGGGAAUCGUCAUCAAGUGGGCCUACCAGAUCAACGACGUUCUCAAGGAGGAUUCAUUAAGCAUUUUCAAGGACGGUCAUCAUCCGUCGCCUCUGGAGGAGUUAACCUUUUGGGACGCACGAAGGGACAAUUUGCGGAAUAUCUACACCCAACUAUUGGAACCCCGGGUUCGACAGAUUGGAGUCAUCUUGGAGGGGAUAGAUUCCGUGUACUAUUCAUCGUUCAAAAGCACUUUUCAAAGCGUGGUUCAAGCGGUUCACGAAGCCGAUGAUAUCACGCUUUAUUUAAAGCCAUUGAGAAAGCAUUUCGAAACCUUCGAGAGCACCGAGUUCACCGAUUCCAUGGAAUUGAUUGCCCCGAUGUUGCACUGUGUCUGUAUGAUGUGGGGACACUCUUUCUACUAUGGAAGCAACGCACGAAUGAUGAUUCUUUUCAAGAUGAUCAGCAACAUGAUGAUCGCUGAGGCGACCAAGUGCCUUGAUCCAGGAUCACUUUUCCAGGGUGAACCGGAUGAAUGCUUGAUCAAGAUCAGCAACGUUAUCGAUAUUUUGACUUAUUACAAGGAGCAAUUUCAUGACUUUCGAUCACGACUGGAUGACUUCCGUCAACCAAGUACACAACCAAGCUCCUGGACGUUUCGGCUGCAAACGAUAUUCGACCGCUUGGACUCAUACAUGGCUCGCCUGGAGCAGAUCAAGCAGAUCUUCUACACAGCUACCGAGUUUCGAAAGCUGGAGAAGGUUGAAAUUGGAGGGCUUCGGGGUAGAGCCAUCAGCCGAAAAAUCCAGGACGUCUUCGAUGAUUUCAACAAGUUGUAUCUCCGCUGGGGACUAAUCCAAUAUGAUCCGCUGGAUCCGAGUCCGGACGAAGGUAGCUUUGAACGUGAUCGAGCGAAGUACCAAUCGAAGACCGACGUACUGGAGAGGAAACUGGCUGCCCAGUUUGUGCUCGCAUUCGACGAGUGCUUCAAUGUUGACCAGCUGGUAAAGCUGGUGACAAUCUCCGGUUCCCUUUUGAACAGACCGCUGAUUCUGCCGGAUGUGCACCGAAAAAUAACCAACAUCGUACACUUGUACAAUAACGAUCUCAACAUAGUGAAGCAGAUCUACGACGAAGGAUGCGCGGGCUAUGCGAAGCAGGGAUUGGAAGGGCUUCCCAUUGAUACCACAUUUCCGCCGGUGGCGGGAGCAAUUCUUUGGAUUCAUAAACUGCGCGAUCGCAUUACGAAGCCCAUCAGUGAGCUUAGUAUGGUCGAGUUUCCCUUAUUUCAAGGAGAUGACGCCGAUAUCGUCAUGAAGAACUACAAGGAGCUGAUGAGACUGUUGGAAGAAUUCGAGCUCAAACUGUUCAAAGAGUGGAGCGCGGGUGUUACCAAAAAGAUUGCAACGCACAUGCGGAAGGCUUUGCUCGUUAGAGCGGAAGACCACCUGCUGGUAAUGAACUUUAACCACGUGCUGGUGAUGAUUUUACUGGAAGUUCGCUACAUGAAACGUAUGGGCCUUUCAAACAUUCCACAGAAAGCGCUGGAGUUUUCCGAUAUCGAGGAAGACCUCUGGCAAGCACGAAUGAAGUUGAUGCGGAUUGUCGAGUGGUACAACGAGAUAACCAAAAACUGUGUCCCAUGCGAGAAGGAGCUCAUCCACAAGGAAAUUGCCGAAAUCGACAAAAUAGUCGAGCAGGCCUGUUCUGGAAGCAUUGACUGGGUAAACUACGAGCCAGAUUUCAUCGAGAAUUUCUACGACAAGCUGCAAAAUUUGCAUUCGCGGGUACUGAAGGCGCAGAACAACAUCAAAAAGAUCCUGGACAGCAUCAGAAGCUGGGGCCAAGUUCCCCUCUACCAACGCAAAGACGGAAGCAAAGAUCUUCUGCUGGAUAUCGAUGAUCGUCCCGGUAAGGUUGCGCGACGGCUUCAGGAAUGCUUCGAUACCAAGAAACUGAUCGAUGUGUCUAUGGAGCAAAAUUUCCGCUAUUACUUCGACUUUUUCGUUGAAUCCGAAGAGAAAGUUUCGGAUAUGUCCGUUAAGACCAAAGGUACGGAUGAAUCGUUAUCCGUCAAAAGAGAACCAUCUGGAGAAAAAGCUGCGGACGAAGAAGGAGAAGCGUCACAAUCAGAUACGCUGGAGGAAGUUUCUUCUUUAGAACACUCGGAACUUGAACGAACUGCAUCGCAGCUAUCUUUGUUCAGACCCUACCAAGAGUAUGUGGAUACGUUGGUUUCGAACGAAAUUAUGGAGUCGGUUUACACCAGCGUGAAGUACAUCAAGUUCGAAAUGGAAAACCGAUCGGGCAACGAUGCACCAUUGUUUGAAAUCAAAUUUGAAUUGCACCCACCGAAAACUCUUUUCGUGCCGACGUUGGACGCCUUCGAUUCCAGUGGAUUCCUGGCUUUGGUGGAAGGUCUUUUGAUAGACAUCUACUGUAUGAGCACUACUCCAAGGGUUGCUCAACCACCGGAAAGUGAACGAACUGACGAGAAUGGGGAGGUUACUUUGUUGACCUAUUUUGACCACCUGGAGAAUCAAAUCGAAAUCGAACAGAUGAAGGAUUCCAUCGUUAACAGAGUUAUCCAGACGAUUCGGACAGCGGAGGAGUACACUCAGCGUUUCCACGACUACAACUACCUAUGGUUGGACGACAAGCAGAGCAUUUUGGAGCAGUUUCUCAAAUAUGGGCGUCCACUAACAGCCGACGAGAUGGAAAUGCUUCUGUCUACCGAGACACCACUUCGAGAAGUCGCACCAACACUUGACCAGUUCAAAAUGCAAAUCGAAAGUUACUAUGACCUGUAUGACAAGGUUUUCGUCAACUUGAACGUCUCCGUAGUGUUUGACGUUUGGCUAUCGAUUGACCUGCGCCACUUCAAAACAGCGCUCCUCAUAGAAAUAAGCAAAUGGUCGAACUUAUACAAAAACAAUCUGAUCAACAAGGUUGUCGACAGCCUGCAAGAACUGGAAGAGUUUGCCAACGAAUGCGAUGAGAUAUUCGUCCUCGAAGCCACCGAAGAAGAUUUCCCCACACUGCUGAAGAUCCUGUCUGCGUUGAACAAGCUGAAGGAGCGGGAGAACAUGUACGAUAGCAUGUUCGAACCUCUGAAGGCGACCGUCGAUCUCCUCAAGGGUUUCAAUGUCGAGUUCGAUGAACUCGUUUACAAACAAUUCGCCGAACUGCCGGAGCGAUGGUUACACAUCAAGAAGACGGCGUCGAAAGUGCGCGAGAAGAUCGCCCCGGCGCAGACCUACCAGGUUGAUCUGAUUAAGAAGCGAAUAACGCUAUUUGACAUCCGUUCCAAGUUAUACAGGGAGGGCUUCAAGAAGUUGGCCUUCUUCAAGGUUCCCUGCGAGAAUGUGUACCAGAUGUGUAAUCAGGUCAACCUGGAGCUGAACAUCAUGGAGACGCAAAUGAAGAACCUCUGUGACUCUGCGGCACUGUUCGAGCUCAAUCCUCCGGAUGAUAACAAGCUCCGGCUGUGUCGGAAGGAGAUCCGAAUGGUCAAGCAGAUAUGGGAUUUUGUAUAUGCGGUGGAAUCUUGUGUGGACGAUUGGAAAAAGACACCGUGGAAGAAAAUCGACGUCGAAGCGAUGGAGGUCGAGUGCAAAAACUAUGGCAAACAAAUACGCCAGUUGGACAAAGAUAUGCGUUCGUGGAAUCCCUACUUGCACGUGGAAGCAGUGCUGAAGAAUCUGUUGACGUCGCUACGGGCCAUUACGGAGUUGCAGAAUCCUGCGAUCCGAGAGCGCCAUUGGAUCGAGUUGAUGCACGCUACUAAGCUGUUGAAAACUUAUGGGAGAGAAAUGUUGGUCCGUUUCCGGAUGGACAACUCGACAACCCUGGCCGACCUGCUGGAGCUGAACCUGCACAACUACGAAGAGGAAGUGAAAACUAUCGUCGAUAAAUCGGUCAAAGAGAUGGGCAUGGAGAAGAUACUGCGCGACUUGGGAGUCGCCUGGCGGGAUCUGGAGUUCGAGUAUGAUGCACACGAACGUACCGGUCUGAAGCUACUGAAAGUUUCCGAAGAAGUAAUCGAAAUGCUCGAAGAGAAUCAGGUGCAGUUGCAGAACUUGAUGUCAUCGAAAUAUAUUGCCUUCUUCCUGACGGAAGUUUCCAAGUGGCAGCUGUCCCUGUCGAACGCUGAUCAGGUCAUCACGGCUUGGUUCGAGGUGCAACGGAAAUGGAUGUAUCUGGAAAGUAUAUUUAUCGGAUCAGAGGAUAUCCGCAGUCAGCUACCGGAGGAUUCAAAGCGAUUCGACGGGAUUGAUAAAGAGUUCAAGAAGCUUUUGGGUGAAGUGGCAGCGAGUCCAAACAUUGUUAAAGCUACCAACAAGGAGGGUUUGUGCGAUAAGUUGGAAAGAUUACUUACCGAUCUGGUACUCUGCGAAAAGGCUUUGAACGAUUAUUUGGAAACAAAACGACUGGCGUAUCCCAGGUUCUACUUUGUCUCGUCCGCGGAUUUAUUGGAUAUUCUGUCCAAUGGUAACCAGCCGGAAUUGGUGGCGAAGCACUUGACCAAAUUGUACGAUUCGUUAGCGAAGUUGGUGUUCUCCAAGUUCUCGAAGAAAAGUGCAGCUGGAAUGAUUUCCAAAGAGAACGAAGAGUACGUAGCCUUCAAGGAAAACUGUGACUGCAGUGGAAAAGUCGAGAUCUGGCUGAAUCGCGUUACGGAUUCUAUGCGAGUCACACUUCACGAUCUGUUCGAAAAGUCGGUCAAUGCGUACGAAGACAAACCGCGAGAUCAGUGGGUCUUCGAUUGGCCCGCUCAGCCGGCUCUCUGUGCGACACAGAUCUGGUGGACUACGGAGGUCAACGUGGCAUUCGCCAGACUUGAAGAAGGCUACGAAAAUGCUCUCAAGGACUACCAGAAGAAGCAAAUUAUCCAACUGAACGCUUUGAUUGUGCUGCUGUGCGGUGAGCUCAGUCAAGGGGAUCGUCAGAAGAUUAUGACAAUUUGUACGAUUGAUGUUCAUUCGCGAGAUGUCGUGGCCAAGAUGAUCACACAGAAGGUCGAAACCGGGCAAGCAUUCCAGUGGCAAAGUCAGCUGAGACAUCGCUGGGACACUAAUUUGAGUGAUUGCUACGCGAACAUUUGCGACGCCCAGUUCCGUUAUGAUUAUGAGUACCUCGGCAACACUCCUCGUUUGGUUAUCACUCCGCUGACCGAUCGGUGCUACAUCACUUUGACCCAGUCACUUCAUCUAAUCAUGGGUGGAGCACCGGCGGGUCCAGCCGGCACGGGGAAAACCGAGACCACCAAGGAUUUGGGACGGGCCCUCGGCAUCAUGGUGUACGUGUUCAACUGCUCCGAACAGAUGGAUUAUAAAUCAUGCGGAAACAUUUACAAAGGUCUGUCGCAGACCGGAGCCUGGGGGUGCUUUGAUGAGUUCAACCGAAUUUCGGUCGAGGUCCUGUCGGUGGUGGCCGUUCAGGUGAAAUCGAUCCAGGAUGCAAUCAAGGGCAAGAAGGAGAAAUUCAAUUUUAUGGGCGAAAUCAUCUCGCUCAUCCCGACGGUGGGUAUCUUCAUCACGAUGAACCCGGGCUACGCGGGCCGUACCGAGCUGCCGGAGAACCUGAAGGCGCUGUUCCGGCCGUGCGCGAUGGUGGUGCCGGACUUUGAACUGAUUUGCGAAAUCAUGCUGGUGGCCGAGGGUUUCCAGGAGGCGCGCCUGCUGGCUCGGAAGUUCAUCACGCUGUACACGCUGUGCAAGGAGCUGCUGUCCAAGCAGGACCACUACGAUUGGGGUCUGCGGGCGAUUAAGUCGGUGCUGGUGGUGGCCGGGUCGUUGAAGAGAGGCGACAGAGAACGACCGGAGGACCAGGUGUUGAUGCGAGCUCUACGAGAUUUCAACAUUCCGAAAAUUGUGACGGAUGACGUUCCCGUCUUCAUGGGACUGAUAGGUGAUCUGUUCCCUGCGUUGGAUGUUCCCAGAAAGCGGUCGCCAGAUUUUGAACGCUUGAUUCGUAAGUCGGCCAUUGAGUUGAAACUGCAACCGGAGGAUAGCUUCAUCCUGAAGGUGGUACAGCUGGAGGAACUAUUUGCUGUGCGCCAUUCGGUGUUCAUCGUGGGGUUUGCCGGUACUGGAAAGAGUCAAGUCUGGAAAACGUUGUUCAAAACAUAUCAGAAUCAGAAGCGAAAGCCAUAUUUUAAUGAUCUGGAUCCGAAGGCCGUAACAAACGAUGAACUGUUUGGAAUAAUCAACCCGGCGACGCGAGAAUGGAAAGAUGGGUUGUUUUCGGUGAUUAUGCGUGAUCAGGCAAAUAUGGGUGGAACCGGACCCAAGUGGAUUGUGCUGGACGGCGAUAUCGACCCGAUGUGGAUAGAGAGUUUGAACACGGUGAUGGAUGACAACAAGGUGCUGACUCUGGCUAGUAAUGAGCGAAUUGCUCUAACUAAAGAAAUGCGUUUGCUGUUUGAAAUUUCCAACCUGAGGACAGCCACGCCGGCUACAGUUUCCAGAGCUGGUAUUUUAUAUAUCAACCCCCAGGAUCUAGGAUGGAAUCCGUUCGUCGCAUCGUGGAUUGAUUCCCGAGAGACUCAGGCUGAAAAGUGCAUCCUAUCAGUUCUAUUCGACAAAUACAUUCCACCGUUGAUCGAAGCGCAAAAACGGUUCAAGAAGAUUACUCCAAUAUCUGAGAUUGCCAUGAUACAGAUGACUUGUCAUUUGCUGGAUUGCUUGUUAACUCCGGUGAACAUUCCGCCCGAUAGUCCCAAAGAGUGGUAUGAAAUCUACUACGUGUUUGCUGUUAUCUGGGGUUUCGGAUCCUCACUUUACCAGGACCAGUUGGUUGAUUGGCGUAACGAAUUCCACAAAUGGUGGGUAAACGAGUUCAAAGUUAUUCGAUUCCCUCCUGGUGGAACAAUCUUCAACUACUAUAUCGACCCUGAGACGAAAAAGUUCAACCCCUGGACAGAUCUUGUUCCCAGUUUUGAACUGGACACCGAUAUUCCGCUGCAAUCAAUUCUCGUUCCAACUGCGGAAACCACGAGACUUCGUUGGUUCAUGGACAUCCUAAUCGAGGCGAAUCACCCCGUCAUGCUAAUUGGAGGUGCAGGAUCUGGAAAGAGUGUCAUUACAGCGGACAAACUCAACAAUCUGUCCUACAAGUAUGCCGUCACAAACGUCCCCUUCAAUUUCUACACCACAUCAGAAAUGCUUCAACGUGUUCUGGAGAAACCUCUGGAGAAGAAAGCGGGUCGCAACUUUGGUCCACCGGGCAACAAAACCAUGGUCUACUUCGUGGAUGACAUGAACAUGCCUGAAGUGGACGCCUACGGAACAGUCCAACCUCACACCCUGAUCCGACAGUUCAUGGACUAUCGGCACUGGUACGAUCGCACCAAGCUCACGCUCAAAGAAAUUCACAAUUGCCAGUUUGUGUCUUGCAUGAAUCCAACGGCCGGAUCGUUCACCAUAGACUCUCGUCUUCAGCGCCACUUCUGCGUCUUUGCCGUGAGCUUCCCGUCGGGUGAUCCGCUCUACCACAUCUACUACUCGAUCCUUUCUCAACAUCUUGCAAAUCCUCUCAACAAGUUCUCCUUGCCAACGCAGAAAAUUUGUGCCGCUCUGGUAUCGUGCGCCUUAAGCCUUCAUCUGCGCAUGGGUCAGAGCUUCCUGCCGACGGCCAUCAAGUUCCACUACGUGUUCAACCUGCGUGAUCUGGCCAACAUUUUCCAGGGCAUGCUGUUCGCAAACGGAGAGACUUGUCCUGAGCCUAAUUACUUGAUCCGACUGUGGGUUCACGAAGCGACUCGAGUCUACAGCGACAAGCUGGUUGACGACCGGGAUAUCGACACGUUCCGGAAGAUCCGAUCCGAAGUGGUGAAGAAGUCGUUUGAAGAGUUUGACGAGAAUAAGGUUUUCUCCAAUCCAAUCAUCUACUGUCACUUCGCUGAGGGUUUGGUGGAUCCCAAGUAUAUGCCCGUCGCCAGUUGGGAAACCUUGAACAAAACUUUGGAGGAAGCACAAAGCAACUACAACGACAUGAUUGGGGCAAUGAACUUGGUGCUGUUUGAGGAUGCCAUGAGCCAUGUUUGCCGAAUUAAUCGAAUUCUGGAAGGUCCGAGAGGUAAUGCUCUGCUGAUUGGAGUGGGAGGUUCCGGAAAGCAGUCGCUAUCCAGAUUGGCGGCGUUCAUCUCCGGGUUAGAAGUUUCGCAAAUUCAGUUGAGGAAGGGAUAUGGCAUACCGGAUCUGAAAGCGGACUUGGCUGUUCUGUACAUGAAGUCUGGUGUCAAAAAUGUUCCGUGUAUGUUUUUGAUGACCGAUGCCCAAGUUGCGGAGGAGUCGUUCCUGGUUUUGAUCAACGAUCUUUUGGCGUCCGGAGAGAUUCCGGAGCUGUUCCCUGAAGACGAAAUCGACAACAUUGUCAAUGCAUUACGAAACGAGGUCAAACAGCUGGGCAUACUCGAUUCGAAGGAGAACUGUUGGAAGUAUUUCAUCGAGAAGGUAAGGAAGUCGCUUAAGAUUGUGUUGUGUUUCUCGCCGGUUGGUUCCACGCUGCGAGUGCGUUCCAGAAAGUUCCCAGCGUUAGUCAAUUGUACCGCGAUCAACUGGUUCCACGAGUGGCCCAAGACUGCACUCGAGUCGGUAUCGAACAGAUUCCUUUCGGAGGUUGAAGUAAUGCCGCAAGAUUUGGUCGAACCGGUCGCCGUAUUCAUGGCAUACGUUCACGGAACUGUCAAUGAAAUGUCGCAAAUCUACCUUCAGAACGAGCGACGGUACAACUACACCACGCCGAAGUCUUUCUUGGAGUUGAUUGCACUGUACUCCAAAUUUGUCAAAGAGAAGCACACAGAGUUGAACGACCGAGUUCAUCGACUUGAAAGCGGUAUCCUGAAGCUGGCAGAAUGUGCAGAACAGGUUGACUCCCUACAGAUUCAGCUUGCCGAGCAGGAGGUAGUUUUGAAGAAGAAGAAUCAAGCCGCUGACAAGCUUAUCAAAAGCGUCAGUGCCAACAACGAAACGGUACAGAAGGAGAAAAACUUUGCCGCCGAAGAGGAGAAGAAAGUUCGAGUCAUUCAGGAGGACGUCGGAGCAAAGGCCAAGAUUUGCGAGGAAGAUUUGAGAAAAGCUGAACCGGCUUUGAUAGCCGCUCAGCAGGCUCUGGAUACUUUGGACAAGAACAAUCUCACUGAAUUGAAGUCUUUCGGAUCUCCUCCUGAACAAGUUGUGAGAGUCUGCGCCGCGGUCCUGGUACUGUUCUCGCCGAAAGGAAAAAUCCCGAAGGAUCGCAGCUGGAAGUCGUGUAAAUUGAUGAUGAACAAGGUUGACGUGUUUUUGAACGACCUCAUUUACUACGACAAGGAACAUAUUCAACCGGAUGUGAUCAAAGCAUUGCAAGAGUAUCUCAAGGAUCCGGACUUCGAUCCAGAAAAGAUCCGAGCUAAGUCGGCUGCCGCAGCCGGUCUAUGCGCCUGGGUUAUCAACAUCCACAGGUUCUACCAAGUAUAUCUUGUGGUGGAGCCCAAAGAACGAGCUUUGAAGGAAGCUGAAGCCGAAUUGAAGGCAGCCCAGGACAAACUGAUGGACUUGACGAUUCGAGUUAACGAACUGGAGGAGCAGCUCGGUGUAAUCCAAGCCGAGUUUAACGAUGCGCUGGCAGAGAAACAGAAGUGUCAAGAUGAGGCGGACAAGACGGCCUUUACGAUAGACCUGGCCCACCGUCUGGUGAAUGGACUGGCGUCGGAGAAUGUGCGUUGGCGGGAAUCGAUAGCUCAGCUGAAGGGUCAAACGGUGACCCUGCCCGGUGACGUGCUUUUGAUUGCUUGCUUUAUCAGCUACGUCGGUUGUUUCACCAGACGGUACCGGGUUGAGUUGCAGGAGAAAAUGUGGAUACCGACCUUCCGUUUGUCCAAGCCGGCAAUUCCCUUCACCGAAGGAGUUGACCCUCUUAAUUUGAUAGUCGAUGACGCUGUCAUCGCAUCUUGGAAUAAUGAAGGACUUCCAUCGGAUCGAAUGUCUUCGGAAAAUGCGGCUAUCCUGACGUAUUCAUCACGCUGGCCGUUGAUGAUUGAUCCGCAGCUACAAGGCAUCAAAUGGAUUAAACAGAAAUACGGAAACGAUCUAACUGUGCUCCGUCUAACAGCUAGAGGUUACCUGGACGUGAUCGAGCGGUGCGUCGUCAACGGAAGCAUCCUGCUGAUCGAGAACAUUGGUGAAACCGUCGAUGCCGUACUUGAUCCUCUUUUGGGACGAAUGUUGGUCAAAAAGGGGCGCUGCUUACGAAUGGGUGAGAAAGAGAUCGACUACAAUCCAACAUUCCAACUGAUUCUGCAAACCAAGUUGGCGAAUCCUCACUACAAACCGGAAAUGCAGGCGCAAACAACGCUGAUCAAUUUCACCGUAACGCGUGAUGGUCUUGAAGAGCAACUGUUGGCAGAAGUCGUCAAGGCUGAAAGACCGGAUCUCGAACAGCAAAAGGCGGAUCUAACAAUGCAACAGAACACGUUCAAAAUCACUCUCAAAAUGCUUGAAGAUGAUCUGCUCAGUCGAUUAUCCUCCGCAGGCGAGAACGUACUCGAGGACGCCAGCUUGGUCAUCAAUCUGGAAAAGACCAAAAAGACAGCAGCAGAAGUGGAGGUCAAAGUACGUGAAGGCAAGAAAACCUCGGAAAUGAUUGACGUAGCUCGCGAGAGCUACCGUCCGGCAGCUGAGCGUGCAUCAAUUCUCUAUUUCAUCCUGAACGACCUGUACAAAAUCAACCCAAUCUAUCAGUUUUCGCUCAAGGCAUUUACGAUCGUCUUCAAAGACGCCAUUGCUGGUACCCCACCUGCUGAGAAACUUAAGGAUCGUGUCUUCAAUCUGAUCGACUCGAUCACAUUCGCCGUUCAUAUGUACACAAGUCGGGGUCUAUUCGAGAAGGACAAAUUGAUUUUCAUGGCUCAGAUGGCUAUACAGAUCCUGUUGAUCGCGAAGGAAAUCGACCCUGCGGAGUUGGAUUUCUUGCUGAGGUUCCCGUACACACCAAAUUUAACAUCGCCAUUUGACUUCCUAACCAACGCUGGAUGGGGAGGUAUCAAAGCGCUGGCCAACAUGGAUGAGUUCCGAUCGCUGGAUAAGGAUAUUGAAGGAUCUGCUAAGAGAUGGAGAAAACUUAUCGAAUCCGAGUGUCCUGAGCGAGAGAAAAUGCCUGGAGAGUGGAAGAAUAAGAAUGCUUUGCAGCGAUUGUGUAUUAUGCGCUGUUUGAGACCUGAUCGCAUGACCUACGCAGUUCGGGCUUUCGUUGAAGAGAAACUUGGUGCAAAGUAUGUUGAAGCUCGCAUGGUGGAGUUCGACAAAUCAUUUAGAGAAACCAGUUCAUCAACGCCGGUGUUCUUCAUCCUAUCGCCUGGCGUCGAUCCGCUGAAAGACGUCGAAAAGCUUGGCAAAAAAAUGCGAUUUUCGACGGAUCAUGGCAACUUCUACAACGUUUCACUGGGCCAAGGCCAAGAAGUGGUCGCCGAGAAGGCCAUAGAUGACGCGUCCCGCGAUGGACACUGGGUUAUUCUGCAAAAUAUCCAUCUGGUUGCUAAAUGGCUCCCUACCUUGGAGAAGAAGAUGGAAGCUACUCUGGAAGUUGCCAACGAAAACUAUCGUCUUUUUAUUAGUGCUGAACCAGCGCCAUCGGCCGAAUACCACAUCAUUCCUCAAGGAAUUUUAGAAUCGGCCAUCAAGAUCACCAACGAACCUCCUACGGGAAUGCUGGCUAACAUUCAUAAGGCAUUGGACAACUUCAACCAAGAAACCCUGGAAAUGUGCGGCAAAGAAGCUGAGUUCAAAGCAAUCCUGUUUUCUCUCUGCUACUUCCAUGCAGUGGUCGCCGAACGGAGAAAGUUUGGUCCCCAAGGAUGGAACCGCGUCUAUCCGUUCAACGUAGGUGAUCUAACAAUCAGCGUGUACGUACUCUACAACUAUUUGGAAGCCAACAAUCGUGUCCCAUGGGAAGACCUCCGCUACCUCUUCGGCGAAAUCAUGUACGGAGGUCACAUCACUGACGAUUGGGAUCGACGACUUUGUCGGACGUACCUGGAAGAACUGAUGCAACCUGAGCUGGUUGACGGUGAUCUAAAUCUCUGCACCGGAUUCCCAGCUCCACCGAAUCUGGACUACGCUGGAUACCAUAACUACAUAGACGACAAUUUACCCGUUGAAUCUCCGUACCUCUACGGGCUCCAUCCAAAUGCGGAAAUCGGUUUUUUAACGACCCUAUCGGAACAGCUGUUUAAAACAAUAUUCGAGCUACAGCCCAGAGAUUCGGGCGCUGCCAGUGGAUCGACCGUAAGCCGCGAAGACGUGGUCAAAACCAUAAUCGAAGACUUCACCGAUAAACUCCCGGAAGAGUUCAACAUGGCAGAUUUGAUGGCUCGCGUGGAGGACAGAACUCCGUUUGUGAUUGUCGCCUUCCAGGAGUGCGAACGAAUGAACAUUCUCGUUCGAGAGAUGAAGCGAUCCUUGCGUGAACUGAUGCUGGGCUUGAAAGGAGAACUCACCAUCACGUCGGACAUGGAGAACCUGGAAGCGUCGCUGUUCUUCGAUGCCGUUCCGGAAAGCUGGACCAAACGGGCGUACCCGUCUAUGUUUGGACUUCAGUCAUGGUUUGCCGAUUUGACGAUUCGCAUCAAGGAACUGGAAGCGUGGUCUAACGAUUUCAAUCUUCCGUCGUCGGUAUGGCUGGCAGGUUUCUUCAAUCCGCAGAGCUUCCUCACUGCGAUUAUGCAACAGACUGCUCGCAAGAACGAAUGGCCGCUGGACAAGAUGUGUCUCAGUUGCGACGUCACCAAGAAGUUCAAAGAGGACAUCAGCGCCCCUCCGAGGGAAGGCGCGUAUGUAAAUGGGCUGUACAUGGAAGGGGCUCGAUGGGACACGACUAUCGGGUCGAUUGCCAGCUCACAGUUGAAGGAGCUGUUCCCGCAAAUGCCUGUGAUAUUCAUCAAAGCCAUCACGCAGGACAAACAGGAGACGAAGAAUAUUUACGAAUGUCCCGUUUAUAAAACACGGGAUCGCGGACCCACUUACGUGUGGACAUUCAACUUGAAGUCGAAGGAAAAACCGGCCAAAUGGACGCUAGGAGGUGUGUGCUUGCUGCUUCAGGUUUAAAAUGUUGCAGAAAUUAUAAUUUAAUAUGGUAGUUUUAAUAACUUAGAGCUGUGUGGUCUGCUGUGACGAAUUGAAAAUUCAUUAUAAUUCAAUGGAGUGAACAAUACACAUUUUAC